GUAGCAAUUUUGAAUUCAACUCGCAAGCUAGGCUCUUGUUAGUGUUGUUACAUGUGAACAUUUCGUGCGGAACGAGUUCAGAACACGCAAGGUUUGCCCAUCCAGAUAAGCUACUAGUUCUCAACGCAACCCACCACUCUUAAGACUCACAAAUGGAUAGUGAUGAUGAUUGUUGGGAAGAGCCAAUGAAUGAUGCCCAAGACGUCAAAUGUCUGUUCUGCGAUGGUUCUUUUCAAAGUACAAGUGAAUUGUGGGAACAUUGUAAUGUGAACCAUCAAUUUGAUAUUGCUCAUGUAAAGCAAAAGUUUGGCUUGGAUUUUUAUGGUUAUGUGAAGAUGAUAAAUUUUGUGAGAACUGAGAAACCAAACCCAAAGAGCUUGUUUGAACAUACAUCUCCAUUUCCAUGGGAAGAUGACAGAUAUCUUCAGCCUGUAGUUGUGGAUGAUCCAUUACUGCAAUAUGAUAUUGAGGAUUUUGAUUCUGACGAGGAGGAAGUUGAUGAAAAAUACCUUCAAAAUGGUAGCUUGGACCAUAACAACGAAGUGACAAAUAAUAGGUUACAAAUAGCACUGGAAAGAGCAAGUAUGGCUGAGUCGGCUUUACAACAAGCUCUAGCCGACCUCGAAGCGAUGAGGGCUGGAGUUCAUGAACUCGUCCUUGGAAAUGAACAGCAAAACCGCCUGGACGAAGCUGCCCGCAGCAAAGUGGUAUUAGAUGACGAGGAAGACCCGUACUUCAGUAGCUACUCCCAUUAUUCCAUUCACGAAGAAAUGUUGAAGGAUAAAGUUCGAACAUUAAGUUACAAAAACUUCACGCACAAAAACAGACAUUUGUUUGAAGGCAAAGUUGUGUUGGAUGUCGGUUGUGGUUCCGGGAUAUUAUCGAUAUUUGCCGCGCAAUCUGGAGCUAGAAAGGUCUUUGGUAUUGAUAAAUCGUCAAUUGUGUAUCACGCCAUGGAUAUUGUCAGAGAAAACAAGCUUGACAAUAUCGUGACAUUAAGAAGAGGAAAGGUUGAGGAUAUAAAUUUGGACGUUGAAAAGGUCGACAUUAUAAUAUCCGAGUGGAUGGGAUAUUUUCUGUUGUUCGAAUCGAUGCUGGAUACUGUCCUAUUCGCAAGGGACAAAUGGAUGGCUCCCGAUGGUAAAGUCUAUCCUGAUAUAUGUACGAUGAGUAUUGUUGGUGUCGAGGAUAAGAAAAGAAUGGAAGAUAAAAUUACCUUUUGGGAAGACGUUUAUGGUGUGAAGAUGUCGUGUAUGAAGAAUUUAGUUCUCUCAGAACCCGUUGUGGACAUUGUUGAUCCUAAUACAAUCGUGACGAGUAACUGUGUCCUAAAAGAAAUCAAUGUAAACAAAGUUACAACCGAAUCGUUGGAUUUUAAAAGCGAUUUUCAGCUACAGGCUCUGAGAGAUGGUAAUCUAAAUAUAAUUGUCGGGUAUUUUGAUAUUAUGUUCGAGGAAAAUUGCACUGAAAAGAUAUCAUUUAGUACACAUCCAACAAGUCCUCCAACUCACUGGAAACAAACUCUAUUUUACUUAGAGAGCCCUUUGGCCCUGCGAAAAGAUGAACUCAUUGAUGGUACUCUUCAGUGUAGAAAGAACAGGAAAGACCCACGAAGCUUAGACAUUGUACUAGAAAUACGCGAUAAUAUUUCCAAACAACUUAUGAUCAAUAAAUAUACUUUACAAUAACUCUAGAUCUCUAUCAAUGUGUUAGCUUUAUUUGUUGAAUAGUAUGGAUCAUAUUUUCAAUCCUAACGAAAGCUCUCAUCAAAUGGAACUAUA